AUGAAGAGAGUGUUUAAAGCAUUUAAAAAAUCCAAAUAUAAGAAUAAAACCCCAACCAAUUUUAUUGAUCCGCUAUUAGUUAUAAGUUUUGGCGUUAGAUACUGGCAAAUGGGGUAUAUCGACAGUAAUGGCACCACCAAGGAAAUUGAGAUUAAUUCGAAAGAAAAACGAAUGCUUAGUUGUAUAUAUUACAACGGUCACCGUUACAUUUUUGGCAAUGAAGCUCAACUGCAAAGUCAAAAGAAUAAUCAAAGUGCAAUAUUCGAAAUUCAUCGGCUACUUGGCUGUACAGGUUCAGAAUCUGAAUCUGAAAGCUAUCUCAAAGAGUAUUCAGUUAAAAGAUCAAAACAGGUUACAUAUUUGGGGUUCAAAAUUGAUGCUGGGAACGGUGAAGAAGUUUACCCAACAUAUUUGGUUGCCGAAUUUUUAAAAGAAAUGAUUAGAAUAGCUACAAACCAGCAAGAUAGAAAAUGGAAUAAAAUUGCAAUUAUUAUACCCGCACAUUUUGGUACUUUUCAAAAAGAAGAUAUUUUGACUGCAAUUAGCAGUGCCGGAUUAGAAAAAGAAAUUCCCAAGGAGAGAAUUUUUUCAGACGUUUCUGCAUAUGUUUAUAAUUAUUAUUUGGACAAUAUAAUUUUAACAGCGCAAACCGAAAAUGUUCUUUUUAUUAAUAUUUCAAGCUCUUUGACCACACUUUCUUUAGUGGAGAUAAGUAAAACAAAAGCUUCGGUCAUUAAUGAGUUUUAUGACUCUGUAUUUUGCGAAAACAUGAUUUCCGAGCUCAUAUUUUACAACUUUUUGAAAGACUAUUGUGGUUUAGAAAAUUCUAUUCGUUUUGAAAAAAAACAAUUACGAAACUUACACAGUAAUAAAUUUGGUAACAACAAUGUUAAGGCUUUGGAACAAGAAAUUCAAAGCCUAAUUUCCAAUGAUAAAGACAAUGGAUUUCUUGCUGACAUACCAAAUGAAGUUAAUAUUUCUAUUAAUUAUUAUAUUAACUGCAUUAAGCCAUUGCUGAAAUACCUUAGUAGUAUCGCCAAAGAGGCGUGUCAGAAAAGUGCAACAAAUAUUUCUGAAAUUAUUAUUAUGGGAGAAGUGACUAAACAUGAAAGAUUUCUCAAUACUUUUACCAGUUUCUUUAAUCCCUCGGGGAAUGUUUCUAAUGUGAAUAUUUCCAGCACAUCGACACCAAUUUUUCCUAUUCUUUAUGGAGUUAACGAGGCAACACUUCCAUCAGAAAAAAGAAAAACAAAAAGUUUAAAAUUUUCUAGAAAUGAUAAUUAUAACUUAGAUUUGGAUUCUGAGUAUAUUUUUGAAAAAUAUUCAAAUGAAAUUCCAGUGAUAAGGAAAGAUAUGGGAAUUUAUGUGGUUGUUUCUAAGAAAGGUACUGUUCAAAGAAUAAUGUCAGAAACUAGUAACCAAAGCUCAUUAGAGACACUUGAAGUUAAAGGUCAUUCAUCAAAGAACUCUUACUUUCGAGAGAGUGAAGUUGCUGGUGCUGGAAAAGCAAAGGAUUGA